UUGGGGUAAACAAUUUAAUAAGUAAUAAUUUAUAGUAAAAAUCAAUCAAAAAUGUUAACAAAUAAUCAAAUAUCUAUCGCUUGGAAAGAUCUUAAUGUAAGUGUGAAGUCUUUGUUUGGCAAAAAUGAAACAACAAUAUUGUCGGGCAUUUCGGGAGAAUUUUAUGAAAAAUCGUUGAAUGUUUUGAUGGGAGCGUCCGGAUCGGGAAAGUCAAAACUUUUAAAAUGUUUGAAUGCAAGUAAUAAUUAUAUAAUAAGUAGUGAAUCAAAAAUAUAUGUCAAUAAAAAUGUGACAAAUAUUAGAAAAUGUUUUAUAUAUCAAAAUCAAAGUCAAAGACUAAUGACUGGAUUAACAGUUAGUCAAGCGUUGACUUAUUCAUCAAAAUUGAAAAAUCCGAUUCAAUAUAAUGACCAAAAAGUUGACCACAAAAAAAUUGUUUCGGAUAUAAUGCAAGAACUAUUGAUAAGUGAUAUCAAAGACAAUAAGAUAGACAACUGUAGCGGCGGUCAAAUCAAACGCUUAAGUAUUGGCUUAGAGUUGACAUCAGUUUGUAAGCCAUACCUAUUGUUUAUCGAUGAACCGACAACUGGUUUGGACACACACUCAGCAAUUAUGGUAAUCUCUUGUUUGAAACAAUUGUCUCGCAAUCAUAACAUGUCUAUAAUUAUUAGUAUACAUCAACCAAACAAUGAAUUAUAUCAAAUGUUUGACACAAUCUAUGUGUUAGCAAAAGGUGGACAAACAUUAUACUCCGGUUUUACUAAUAAUUUAUACCAAUUUAUUACUGAUAAUCAAAUUGAAUGCAAUAAAAAUCAGUUUCCAUUAGAUAUGUUAAUGAAACUCAGUUACAAUGGCAAUGAUAUACCUAAUAUUAAUAAUAACAAACAAACAAAAAUAACUAAUAAUAUUAAUAAUAAUCUAAUUCUAAUGAAAUCACAAUCUGUUGGUAUUCAAUAA